AUGGAGAAGGAGGCUUCAACUAAGGAAAAUGUCACAAGUUCUCUGGCUGCUCAGAAGUUGGACGGAGAUACACUUGAUCUUCAGAAAUCUCAGGGAGGAGAACCAUCAAGGGAGAUUGAAUCUCUGAGUAUCAGCACUGGUGGUCCCAAGUUAGAGAAUAAUGGAGAAGAUGGAUUGGUUGAAAAAACGGAUGUGAGCGGUGAUUUGAAAUCUAAAGAGCGGGGUAAAAAGUUAGACAGUAAUCCAAGUCACAGUGGCGUGGGUGAGAAGAUUGAUGAGAGAAUGGAUUUGGAGUCUAAAGCUCAAGAAAAGGAUUCAGACUCAAGUAAGGAACAAAAUGACUCUGGUCAUAAGGUGACGUCAACAGCUCAAGAAGAAAAAUUACACAAUGAUGGACAUGAUAACUUGGGUAAGAAGGCAGAUCAGGGUAAGGAUUUGGAGUCCAAAGCUCAAGAGGAGACAAACCAAACAACAGAUAAAAUUCUUGGAGAGGAGGAGGAGCUAGAGCCAGUCUUUGAUGGAACUGAGGUUCCUGGGAUGGAAGCUAACAGAAGUAUGUCCACCCAUACUUUAGAUAUUGAUUCAGAGGCCCAGGGAGUAGUCAAAAAGGCAGUGGCGCUAACAAACCUUGUUAAGAUUAAAGGUGUAGUUGUAGUCUCCACUUUUCUGCGUCGCCUUUCUGGGAAAAGAGAUGAAGACGAACAAGAUGUUCUUGACAAUGCAGAUAAGAAUGCUUCAGAUUCCACUAAAGACAGUGAAGCUGGAGAAGUCUCUCAGAAAACAGUGGAUGGAUCUGCAUGGAAUCCCCUAAGCUUUAUUAGGACAUCCCAAGAUGGUGAGCAGAGGGAGGAGGUCAUUGAAGAACCAGCACAAGCUAUAGCCAUAAAAGGAAGAGUUAUACUGUACACAAGAUUAGGAUGCCAGGACUGCAAAGAGGCUAGAUUAUUUUUGUAUAGGAAGAAGCUCAGAUAUGUUGAGAUCAAUAUUGAUGUAUUUCCCAGUAGAAAGCUUGAGUUAGAGAAAAUUGCUGGGUCUUCUUCUGUUCCAAAAGUGUUUUUUAAUGAAGUCCUUAUUGGAGGCUUGAGUGAGCUAAAGGGCUUGAAUGAGUCUGGAAAGUUUGAUGAGAAGAUUGAUUACCUGAUCAGUGAACCACCAUCAUUUGAAGCUCCUUUGCCACCACUUUCGGGUGAAGAUGAUUUGUCCAAUAGUGGAGCUAUUGAUGAACUAGCUUUAAUUGCCCGGAAGAUGAAAGAAUUUGUUAUUGUGAAGGAUCGGUUUUAUAAAAUGCGCAGGUUCACGAACUGUUUUUCAGGUUCAGAAGCGGUGGAUUUCUUAGCAGAGGAUCAGUAUCUGGAAAGGGAAGAGGCUAUUGAAUUUGGGAGAAAGCUUGCAAGCAAACUCUUCUUUCAUCAUGUUCUUGAGGAAAAUCUAUUUGAGGAUGGGAACCACCUGUAUCGGUUCUUGGACGAUGAUCCAAUUGUAUCUCACUGUCACAACAUCCCAAGGGGUAUAAUUGAUGUGAAGCCAAAGCCCAUCCUAGACAUUGCAUCAAGGUUGAGAUUUUUAUUUUAUGCAAUCCUUGAAGCCUAUGUGUCAGAAGACGGAAAGCAUGUUGAUUACAGAAGUAUCCAUGGAAGUGAGGAAUUUGCAAGGUUUCUAAGAAUAGUAGAAGAGCUUCAAAGAGUGGAAGUGAAGGAUAUGCAGAGGGAGGAGAAACUUGCUUUCUUUAUAAAUCUCUACAAUCUGAUGGCCAUCCAUGCAAUAUUGGUAUGGGGUCAUCCAGCUGGGGCAAUUGAACGAAAGAGGUUGUUUGGAGACUUCAAGUAUGUUGUUGGUGGGUCCACAUACUCACUUUCGGCUAUUCAAAAUGGUAUUUUACGGGGAAACCAGCGACCACCAUACAAUCUCAUGAAGCCAUUUGGUGCAAAAGAUAAGCGUUCCAUGGUGACUCUUCCUUACCCAGAGCCUCUUAUUCAUUUUGCACUGGUUUGUGGUACUCGAUCUGGCCCUGCUCUUCGAUGCUAUUCUCCAGGGGAUAUUGAUAAAGAACUGAUGGAAGCAGCUCGUAAUUUCUUAAGAAAUGGAGGUCUUAUUAUUGAUUUUGAUACCAAGGUUGCAUCAGCUAGUAAGAUUCUUAAAUGGUUUAGCGUUGAUUUCGGCAAGAAUGAGGUAGAGGUACUGAAGCACUCAUCAAACUACCUCGAGCCGGCUGUCUCAGAAGCUUUACUGGAAUCGCUUGCCAAAUCUCAGCUGAAGGUGAUGUACCAGCCUUAUGACUGGGGUGUGAACUGCUAA